AUGGCAGACUGGGCCCAUGAGACCGCGGGUCAUAGAGGAAAAGCAGCUACGCUAGAGUGGGCGCGAGCCCGAGGACUACCAAUAACUCUCCAGAUGAUUGUCCAAGCUCAAGAAGUAUGCGAGACCUGCAAUGAGGUUAAGAAAUGGCCCCUCACGAAGCAA